GCUGAAUUUAGCACUAAAGUAUUGCUGUGUGAAUGCAGCCAAAGUCUGAUGCCAAUAAAGAAUCUUGGUAUGAGAGAACUAGAGGCUGAGAUACUUGUCUACCAUUUCUAUGAUACCUUGACAGAUUUAUAGCUGACCAAAACCACCAGGUACUGCUCUAUGACCUGAUUAUGAGCUUUAAGGCCAAAUACCUACAGAGGCAUGGAGCACCCCCGCAGCGCACCACACAGUGAGCUGUUUAAGGUCUUAUGAGUUUGGACAGAGUGAGGAAUGUGAACCCUCACACGGUCCUCCAUGAGCUGCAAAGGGGAAAAGCUCAUUAAAGUUUGGACUUGAGAGGCAGAAUGGAUUUGAGGAGCACUGCUGCACAAUAAGAGGUGAUGCACUGUAAAUGGCUCUCCAACCAACAUACAGAAGUCCUCCUGGCAUUCGUCUCACCUCUGCCAUUCAGCUCGUCUUUACCUGCUCUGCAAUUUGAAGACUCCGGCGCUCUGCAGGGGAGCAGUUUUAAGAGAAAGUGAAUCUGUCAGUCGCCUGCAUCUCACUUAAUAACUCGAGACAUUUAUCUUCAAAUGUUCAGCAUCAAAGACACUUGAGCUUUGGAUUUUGCUGUCUGAUAUUUGAGCAUAUGGAACAAAACUUGGAGCAGAUUGUAUGUCUUUCCAACUGCAUUUCCUACCCUGGACAACAUGGAUGCUCUUUUUGAAUCAGGUUGACUCUUGGUUACCUCAUCCCCUCCUUCCUGCCUCUUCAUUCGAAGGAGGGCGGGGGAUUGUUGUGGCAUCCCCUGCCCCUCCUGAUAGAGUAGGUUAGUCUGCUAUAAAGUCUUUUCCUUGGUCUUGUGUUUCAUGAAAUCCUGCAAGAGCCUUAAGGAAGAGGUUUCCAUCCCCAGCCUCGGCGGGAUGUCACAGGAGGACGCACGCAGGGUUCCGGUGUCCCAGCCCUACUUUCACCCUCCUAACCCAGAUCUGGACCUAACAAGCAAGCUUUACAAGAGGGAGGUUGGUGGGAAGCCUUAUUCUGUGUUAGUGGACAAUAAAAUGGCAGCAAAGCCAUCCGUGGGAGAUCAGAACAUUGGUCAGCUGCCUUCUCCACAUGUGACUCCACAGCAACAUCAGCAGUAUUUCAGAGAAGGAGGAGCAGGGCAGGAGGUCCCCUUGGGGACACAAUUGUCCCAGGCUGGAAACGACGGCACUUCUGAUGACUCGGAUGAUGACGAAGAUGAGGAGGAAGAGGAGGGGGAGGAUGAGGACAAGGACGGGGAGGAGGAGGGCUUCAAACGGGAGCAGAUCAUCGUCGAGGUAAACCUGAACAACCAGACGCUUCAUGUUUCCAAGGGCGACAACAAAACAGAAACAGCAGCAGACGACUCUGACAGAGGCGGCAGCGACGAUGAGGAUGAUGAGGAUGAGGAAGAGGAGGAGGAAGAAGAGGAGGAGGAAGAAGAAGACAGCCCUGAUGAAGAAGAGGAAGAAGAUGACGAGGAAGAUGAGAUGGAGAGUCGAAGAACGAGGUCAAAACGAGUCUGUCGGGGAGCUAGCAGCACAGCAGCGCCAAGCCAGCCACGGAGGAAAAGCCUCAGAACUUCUCUGAGCGCAGCCUCUGGAGGAAUGACCACCAGAGGGCGGAGGAAGCGCAUGGAGCCUCCAAAGAGCAAGCGUAGGUCAGCCAGAUCAGCCCCAUCGUCUGCUGGCAUCACGGCAACCGGAGGACGAGCAGAGGUGGAGGAGAAGGAGCUGCUGGCGUGUGAGAAGUGUCCCCGAGUGUUUAACACACGCUGGUACCUGGAGAAGCACAUGAACGUCACACACAGACGGAUGCAGAUCUGCGACAAGUGUGGCAAGAAGUUUGUCCUGGAGAGUGAGCUGGCCUUACACCAGCAGACCGACUGUGAGAAGAACAUCCAGUGUGUCUCCUGCAACAAGUCUUUUAAGAAGCUGUGGUCACUGCACGAGCAUAUUAAGAUUGUGCAUGGCUAUGCGGAAAAGAAGUUCUCAUGUGAAAUCUGUGAGAAGAAGUUCUACACUAUGGCUCAUGUCCGAAAGCACAUGGUCGCACACACAAAGGACAUGCCAUUUACCUGUGAGACUUGUGGGAAAUCGUUUAAACGCAGCAUGUCUCUAAAAGUUCACUCACUCCAGCAUUCUGGAGAGAAACCUUUCCGCUGUGAGAACUGUGACGAGCGAUUCCAAUACAAGUACCAGCUGCGCUCCCACAUGAGCAUUCACAUCGGACACAAGCAGUUCAUGUGCCAAUGGUGUGGCAAAGACUUCAACAUGAAACAGUAUUUUGAUGAGCACAUGAAAACGCAUACAGGAGAGAAGCCUUUCAUUUGUGAGAUUUGUGGGAAGAGCUUCACCAGCCGGCCUAACAUGAAGCGCCACCGUCGCACCCACACCGGCGAGAAGCCGUACCCCUGCGAGGUGUGUGGCCAGCGCUUCCGCUUCUCCAACAUGCUGAAAGCACACAAAGAGAAGUGUUUCCGGGUCACCAGCCCUGUCGUUCUGCAGACCAGCGGCCCCCCUGUGCCUGUCCGCAUCUUUGCCAACACCUUCACCUCCCCUUCCUCUGGCCCCGGCCCCUCGGCCACCACCCCAGCCACCACCUCAGCACCUCUGGGCCUCAGCCAGACAGGAGCAUCCAUACCUCCACGAGGCCCUGUGGGGCACACCUUCUCCCACGUUCAGCUCCACUCAACCCCCUCUCACCACCACCCACUGCCCCAGACACCCCAGCAACACCUCCCAAACGCACCCCAACACGCCACGCCCCACCCCCACCACCACCUGGCUGUGCCCCCAGUGUCCCACCUGCCCCCGCCCCCAGCUCUCUUUAAGAGUGAGCCCUUAAACCACUGUGGGCACGAAGACAGCAGCUACCUGCACCACAUGGCCCCCCCUGACAAAGGCCCCGGGGCCCCGCAGCACCACUGAACGGUGCUCCGGCUCACCUCGCCUUGAUCCUCUCGUUCUCUUUGUCCUGCCUCAGUAUCUCAGUCUGGUCGGGUGCUCCUUUCGAACAGGUUUAAACCAUUCAAUCUAAACCUGCACAUCAGUGUGGUUUAGACUUCCACACGCUUGGACUUAAAUACUCUGUUCAACUGACAAAGAUUCAACAACCUCUAGAUUAUUUUUGGUGUACAUUUUCUUAGAAAGUCUACUCAAGAUGACCUCUGUGUGAGCUCUGUGUUGUACAUCCACAGGUGUAAAGUUUCUUGUAUUCGCCGAAAGCUGCUGAUGGAAGUUAAUGUAUGUAUUUCCUGGGCUUCAAAGAUCAGUGUCAUUGAACUUUCCUCUUCAUGUCAAGUCGACUCAUGGUCGAACACUGGUCCGGACUCUUGCUUUGUGUGCGGGUCCUCCCCAUAGCAAUACUCAACCUGUCCUCCUCUCUGUACAGCAGAGCCCAGGCCCCCUGACACAAAUGUUUAAUGAAUGUUGGAACUGGUUCAACAUGAACCUUUUGUCUGUCCUAAGGCCAAGGCUAGGGCUUUCUUUCUGCAAGAGAGGCAAAAGCAGUAGUGCCAGAGG